AUGGUUUUUUUAGCCCAUCUUCCGGCCUUGGUAGAGCACAAGGCCAAUCUUGUCGCCGUUUAUUCACGCUCUGUCUCGUCAGCGCAGUCACUCGUCAGUGCCUCUGCUGCCCUGAAUGUGCCAAUCUCGGGCAUCGAUGUCUAUGCUGAGGAGCUGGCGUCGGAGAAUAGAGGACUUUCGGCAUUGUUGAAGCGCGAGGAUAUUGGUGCCGUCGUCGUUGCUCUUCCGAUCCUUAUCCAGCCAGGUAUCGUCCGCCAGUGUCUGGCAGCCGGAAAACAUGUGCUGUGCGAAAAGCCAUUUGCCAAAAACGUGGAGACGGCGGUGCAGCUGAUUGCCGAUUACGAGAAGGACCACCGUCCUCGCGGUCUAGUGCUGUCCGUGGCUGAGCAAUUUCGCUACGAUCGCGCCUUCACUCGCGCUCGUGAGCUGGUGGCCAGUGGCCGUAUCGGCAAACUGAAUCAUGUCCAUGGCCGCGUCUGGGGCAAUAUCCAGCCCGGCGACAACAAGUGGUACGAGACUGAAUGGCGCAAGAACCCGGAAUACCAGGGUGGAUUUGUUCUUGAUGGCGGGGUGCAUUUUGUGGCAUUGAUCCGUUAUGUCUCAGGGCAGGAGAUUGUCAAGACCCUCAGCAUGUGCCGGCAGACGUAUCCCCAUCUCCCUCCUUUGGAUACCGUCAAUGCAGCAUUGCAGUUUGACAAUGGUGCUUCUGGAUCUCUGAGCAUCUGCUUUGCUUCUUGUAAGGGAACUUUUGAGUUUAUUUUCGUUGGUGACCAGGGAUCCGUGACUGUUUCGGGUGUGGAGAAGAAGGAGGAUUGCCAGCGCAUAGUUCUAGAGAAAGCCGAUGGCACGAAGGAAAUUGAUGAAGCCAUUGUUGGACAGGGGAUCUCAGAAGAAGUCAAGGCCUUCCUUGAUGCCGCAGCAGGAGGGAAACACGACGCAAAGGCAGGAGCUAGGGAGGCAUUGGCCGAUAUUGCUGUCGUUGAGAGUCUCUGCUCGGGAGGAGGGCAAGUGCAGACUCUACUGUGA